CAGUAAGUACAUGUACUGAAGUCUCUUCUCUCAAGCAUAUGAGCGGCUCCUGAAGACAAACUCGCACUAUGGAGGAAAUAAACAAAACACACCGGGAUGACUUGGUCCUCUUUGUAAAUGGCAAAAAGAUCACUGAGAACAAUGCAGAUCCAGAGAUGACGGUGCUGAGCUUUCUCAGGAGAAAGUUGGGUUUAACAGGGACUAAGCUGGGAUGUGCUGAAGGAGGAUGUGGUGCCUGCACUGUGAUGGUGUCCAAGUUUCACCCACAACAGAACAAGAUUGUUCACCAGGCCAUUAAUGCAUGUCUGGCACCACUAUGCUCAAUGCAUCAUUGUGCAGUCACUACAGUGGAGGGAAUCGGCAGUGUAGCCAGCAAACUUCAUCCUGUUCAGGAACGGAUUGCUAAGGCUCAUGGAUCACAGUGCGGUUUCUGCACUCCAGGACUUGUCAUGUCCAUGUAUGCCCUUCUGAGGAACAACUCCCAGCCUACAAUGCAGGAAAUCGAGGAGGCCUUUCAAGGUAAUCUGUGCCGUUGCACUGGGUAUAGACCUAUACUGGAGGGCUACAAGACCUUCACCAAGGACAGAGGAUGCUGUGGGGCAAAAGGGAAAUCCAAAGUCUGCUGCUUGGCCACUGAGUACACAAAGGAGCAGGAAGAUUCAAAACAUUCCGUUCAACAAUUGUUUGACCCAUCAGAAUUCAUGCCACUGGACCCAACACAAGAAAUCAUUUUCCCUCCAGAACUGAUGAGUCUUUCCAAGCAUCCAACACGACAGCUGAGAUUUCUUGGGGAAAGAGUUUUAUGGAUUCAGCCCAGCACCCUGAAAGAACUACUGGAGCUAAAGGCAUUGUAUCCUACAGCCAAGUUGGUGGUGGGCAACACUGAAGUUGGUAUUGAGAUGAAAUUCAAGAACUUCCUGUACCCUGUGAUCUUAGCACCAACCUACAUCCAGGAACUCAACAGCAUCCAGUACACGGAGACUGGGAUUGAGUUUGGUGCAUCUGUGACAUUGACUGUGUUGAAGGAGGUCCUUUGUGGAAUGGUAGAAAAACUACCCAGCUACAAAACGGAGGUUUUCCAGGCCAUACUCGAGCAGCUGCGCUGGUUCGCAGGACAACAGAUUCGAAAUGUUGCAGCUAUUGGUGGAAAUAUUAUGACAGCAAGUCCUAUUUCAGACCUUAACCCUGUGUUCAUGGCCGUGGGUUCUAAGCUAACUCUGAUGUCCAAAGAAGGAAAACAUGUGCUUCAGUUGGAUGACAAGUUUUUCACUGGCUACAGGAAAACUGCUUUAAGACCAGAGGAAAUUCUGUUGUCCAUUGAGAUUCCAUACACAAAAAAGGGCCAGUAUUGCUCAGCCUUUAAGCAGUCACUUCGCAAAGAGGAUGAUAUUGCCAUUGUCACCUGUGGGAUGAAUGUACAGUUCAAGGAGGGGUCCAACAUAGUGCAGGACAUCCGAAUCAGUUAUGGUGGAAUGGCCCCUACCACUGUUCUCGCCACAACAGCAUGCAACCGACUUAUUGGCAGACAGUGGAAUGAGGAGAUGAUGCAGGAUGCCUGCUCUUUAUUGGCUGAAGAGAUGUCCCUCUCUCCCUCCGCACCAGGUGGAAUGGUGACAUAUAGACGCACACUGACCAUCAGCCUGUUCUUCAAAUUCUACCUCACCGUCCAGCACAAACUAGCUCAGGAGUACCUCUCUGUUGAGGAUGUCAGACCAGAUUAUGCCAGUGCUAUCGAAAACUAUCACGUGGAUUCACCAACCAGUGUUCAGCUGUACCAGGUAGUCCCUCCUGGUCAGAGCCCAGAUGAUGUGGUAGGUCGUCCUGUUAUGCACCUGUCUGCUCUGAAGCAGGCCACAGGAGAAGCUGUGUACUGUGAUGAUAUUCCUCACUUUGAAAAUGAACUCUAUUUGGCCCUUGUCACCAGCACUAAAGCUCAUUCUUAUAUUAAAUCUAUUGAUAUUGAUGAUGCCAUGGCAGUUCCAGGAGUGGUUACAUUUGUUUCUGCCAAGGACAUCCCUGGCAGCAAUAAGACUGGACCUGUUGUCUAUGACGAGACUGUCUUCGCUGAUGACAAGGUCACAUGUGUUGGUCACAUAGUGGGAGCCAUUGUAGCAGACACACAAGUCCAUGCUCAGAGGGCAGCCAAAGCUGUGAGGAUCUCAUAUGAGGAAUGUCAACCUGUGAUUGUCACCAUUCAGGAUGCCAUUGACAAUCAGUCAUUCUACCAGCCAGUGAGAACUAUAGAGAGAGGAGAUCUGGCACAAGGCUUUCAAGAGUCUGAUAACAUCCUACAAGGUGAAAUACACAUAGGGGGACAGGAACAUUUUUACUUGGAGACAAACUGCACACUGGCUGUCCCUCGAGGAGAGGAUGGUGAAAUGGAGCUGUUUGUGUCCACGCAAGCAGCCACCAAAACACAAAUGCUUGUGGCCAAAGUAUUAGGAGUGCCAGCCAGUCGUAUUGUUUGUCGAGUUAAGAGAAUGGGAGGCGGAUUCGGAGGAAAAGAGUGCCGCAGCACCAUGCUCUCAACAGUUGUGUCUGUUGCUGCUCAGAAAGUCAAGAGACCAGUCCGUUGCAUGUUGGACCGCGAUGAGGACAUGCUGGUAACUGGAGGUCGGCACCCAUUCUUUGGACAUUACAAGGUUGGAUUUAAGAAGAAUGGAAAAGUGAUGGCUGUUGAUGUGACCUACUUCAGCAACGCAGGAAAUUCCAUGGACCUUUCCUUGUCUAUAAUGGAACGUGCUCUCUUCCAUAUGGACAACUGCUAUAACAUCCCUCACAUUCGUGGGACUGGCUACAUAUGUAAAACCAAUCUGCCUUCCAACACUGCAUUUCGGGGCUUUGGUGGGCCUCAGGGAAUGAUGGUAGCAGAGAGUUGGAUAAGUGAUGUGGCUCUGUAUUGUGGCCUCCCUCCUGAACAGGUGAGGAUGAUGAAUCUGUAUAAGCAGGGAGACUACACCCCCUUUAAACAGUGUCUGGACCAGUUUACCAUACAUCGCUGCUGGGAGGAGUGCAUGACCAUCUCAGACUUCCACCAAUGGAAAGCCAAGGUGGAGCAGUAUAACAAACAGAAUCGCUGGACCAAAAGAGGGUUGUCCAUCAUUCCCACAAAGUUUGGCAUCAGCUUCACUGCAGUCUUCCUCAACCAGGCAGGAGCACUGGUUCAUAUUUAUACAGAUGGUUCAGUCCUUCUCACCCAUGGUGGAACAGAAAUGGGACAAGGCUUACACACUAAAAUGGUCCAGGUUGCCAGCCGAACUCUGGGAAUCCCCAGCACAAAGAUUCAUAUCAGUGAGACCAGCACUAACACAGUCCCAAACACAAGCCCUACUGCUGCAUCUGCCUCUUCAGACCUCAAUGGCAUGGCUGUCUAUAAUGCAUGCCAGACGCUGCUGCAGAGACUGGAGCCAUACAAAGCCAAAAACCCGAUGGGCAGCUGGGAGGACUGGGUGAAAGCAGCUUACUUUGACCGGGUGAACUUAUCAGCCAAUGGGUUUUAUAAGACUCCAGAUAUUGGCUAUGAGUUUGAAACUAAUUCUGGCCGCGCAUUUAACUACUUCUCUUAUGGUGUAGCAGUCUCAGUGGUGGAGGUAGACUGUCUGACUGGCAGUCACAAGAACCUGCAUACUUCCAUUGUUAUGGAUGUGGGCAAAAGUCUAAACCCAGCACUGGACAUUGGUCAGGUUGAGGGUGCAUUCAUGCAGGGUGUGGGUCUUUUCACACUUGAGGAGUUGCGCUACUCUCCCCAAGGUUACCUGUACACUCGUGGACCUGGAAUGUAUAAGAUUCCUGCUUUUGGAGACAUUCCAACUGAACUUAAGGUCUCACUACUUAGAGAUUCCCCCAACGAGAAGGCCAUCUUCUCCUCUAAGGCUGUUGGAGAGCCUCCCCUGUUCCUGGCAGCCUCAGUCUUCUAUGCUAUAAAAGAUGCUAUUACAGCUGCCAGGGCCGAGUCUGGCCUUACAGGACCAUUUAGACUGGACAGCCCUGCUACACCUGAGAGAAUACGCAACGCUUGUGAGGACAGAUUCACCAGACUUUGUCCUCCUUCGGAGCUGGGAACGUAUACACCAUGGGAUGUGAAGGUGUAAGACACAAAAGUCCUAAACAUGUGGUACCUACUGCAGUCUCACUAUUUAACAUUCAGUACUACUCACUGGUUAUAUCUGAAUGCAAAAACUCUUGUAGAAUUACUGACAAUCAAAAAUGGUUAGAAUGUGUCUCUAUGAAAUUGUUUACUGAGUAAUUGAUGGAUUUAGUUCUGUCUACAAAAUGUACUGUUUAAUUGUUUAAAUGACACCAAAUAAUGUUUUACAUUAAAUAAUUUAAUUUUGUAUGCUUACAAUGAUUUACCAAGCCUCCCAAUGAUAAUCCUCAUCCUUAAUUUUAUAAUAAAAAUGAUUAUUAUAUAUUAUACAUCUACAACCCCUUGAAGUAAUAAUCUAAAUCUAAAAUUGAACAUUCUACAGAACAUUCAUUAACUUCAUAACUAUAGGAAUGAAGGUUUUUUUUUUUUUUUAACCAUCUAACUAAUAAAUACAGGUUUGCUUCAAAGGCUGGACUCUAUGUAAUCUCCAUGUGCCACAUGGAAUAUAUAUACUGUAUAUUGAGUGCUGACUCUAUAUAUUUAUAGAGUCAUUUCACAAUUGGAAACUAUUGACUAUUACUAUUUCCCAUUGUGAAACAACUCUAAUAUAUAGAAUCAACACUCUAUAUAUACUCUGUCAGCCUUUCCCAACCUUUUUUCAGUCACGCCACUCUGAAAAUUUGUGGCACCCUACACAAACAUUAACGCUGGACAGCGUUAAGCCUGGUCUAAACUCGCCGUGUCCGCAAUAGCGUGAGGGAGCAUGCGGCAAAAAUGACGUCAUCGCAGAAUGGGCGGUCGAGCGUGUUGAGUGCGCGAGGCCUCAUUCCACGUGGCAGUUUGCACGCCAUUUUUUGUAACAGCAUCCAGAAAUGAAUGACUUCGAAGCGACUCUUGCUGAAAGGUACGAUUAUACAAGUACCUCUAUGAUCCAUCCAUGCAGGACCAUAGAGAUGGCCAGAUGGCACAAAAUUCAUGGAAAGGUUUUUAAAAAUAGUAAUUUGGAUUUGCUUUGUACAUACUGUUGAAAGAAUAAAGCCAAAGCUGAAAGUU